AUGUUAGAUAAGCGUUUCCUAUUUUUUAUCUAUCUAUCAAUCUAUCUAUCUAUCUCAAUCUGCUUAUAUCGAUCUAUCUAUCUCAGUUUGCUCAUUAUCUAUCUCAGUCUGUUCAUAUCUAUUUAUCUAUCUCAGCCUCUUCAUUAUCUAUCUAUCUAUCUAUCUAUCUAUCUAUCUAUCUAUCUAUCUAUCUAUCUCAGUCUUCUCAUAGAUAUCUAUUUAUCUAUCUCAUUAUACAAAAUUAUAUAUCUAUCUAUCUAUCUAUCUAUCUAUCUAUCUAUCUAUCUAUUUCAGUCUGCUCAUUAUCUACCUCAGUCUACUCAUAUCUAUCUAUCUAUCUAUCUAUCUAUCUAUCUAUCUAUCUAUCUAUCUCAGUCUACUAAUAUCUAUCUAUCUAUCUAUCUAUCUAUCUAUCUAUCUCAAUUUUCUCAUUAUCUAUCUAUCUGUCUGUCUGCUCAUUAUCUAUCUCAGAGUACUCACAUCUAUCUAUCUAUCUAUCUCAGUCUACUAAUAUCUAUCUAUACAUCUAUCUCAGUUUGCUUAUUAUCUAUCUAUCUAUCUCAGUCUGCUCAAUAUCUAUCUCAGUCUACUCAUAUCUAUAUAUCUAUCUAUCUAUCUAUGUUUUGUUUCUCUUCUUUCUUUCUUUCUUUCUUUCUUUCUUUCUUUCCCUUUUUCUUUAUGUUCUUUCCUUCUUUCUCUUUUUAUUUCUUUCUUGUUUACCUCUUUUUUCAUUCUUUCAUAGUCUUUUUCUUUAUCCUUUUUUUCUUACUUUCGUUUCUCUUCUUUUUUCUUUCUUCUUUCUUAAUUCCAUUCUUUCUUUCCAUUUUUCAUUCCUUUCUUUCCCUCUUUCUCUCUUUCUUUUUCUUUCUUUCUUUCUUUCUUUCUUUCUUUCUUUCUUUCUAUGGCAUGCUAGCUUUUGCAUUUAUCCCUUUUCUUCGUUUCUUUUCUAUCUUUUUCUUUCUUUUUUCUGCCGAUCUGUCGACAUUUUUGUUAUUCGGUCUCUAG